AUGGGGAUAGCCGUGGUAGCGGUAACUCACCUCCGCUCGCGCGCCCGGAGCACAACCUCCCAGGACUCCGCGCCACCAUCCGCCGUCCGGCCGAUGGGCCCCUGGCAGGUGCACGUCCUCUCCACGCUGCCGCUGAAGGCCCUGAGCUACUACUGGGGCCGCUUCAACGAGAUCCCGCUCCCGCGCGCUCUCCGCGUCCCGGGGUUCAAGCUGUACGCUUGGAUAUUCGGGGUUGAUCUGGGGGAGGUGGAGAAGGAGGAUUUGCGCGAGUACGCGAAUCUGGCCGAGUUCUUUUAUCGCAGGCUGAGGAGCGGUGUCAGGCCGAUUGACGGGAGGGCGGGAGCGGUGGUGUCGCCGGCGGAUGGGAGGGUGCUGCAGUUCGGGGUUGUGCAUGAGGGACGGGUGGUUGGUGGGGUCAAGGGGAUGGAGUAUUCGCUGGAUGCGCUGUUGGGGGGGAAGGGGGGGAGGGAGGUGGGGAAGGUUUCCACGCUGGUUAGAUAUGAGCCCGGUGGGGGGGAUGCGGGUACGGAAUUGGCGCACGUUACCGAUGAAGAGGAAUUUGCGAACGUCAAUGGGAUAAGCUAUACCCUUCCAACACUCCUCUCCGGCUCCUCCACCUCCACCUCGGCCUCCGCACCCUCCCCAAAAACCGACGCGUCAACCCCCCCGCCCCCAGACUCCGUUGCCUCCGUCACAGCCUCCCUCUCAUCAUCCUGGCACUCACCCCCUCCCUCGAAAAACAACCUCUACUUCGUCGUGGUAUACCUAGCGCCUGGCGACUACCACCGCUUCCACUCACCGACAAACUGGGUGAUCGAGUCCCGCCGCCACUUCCCUGGUGAACUCUACAGCGUCUCGCCCUAUCUGCAAUCCCGCCUGCCUGGACUCUUCACCUUGAACGAGCGUGUGGUCCUCCUGGGCCGCUGGCGCUACGGGAUGUUCAGCAUGACCCCCGUCGGCGCUACGAAUGUUGGCAGUAUCAAAGUGCACUUUGAUAGGGAGUUGAGGACUAAUAGCCUCACUAGGGAUGUUACGGGCUCGGCCGCGGGGGUGGGGAAAGGGGGGUUUGCGGAGGCGACGUAUAGAGGGAGCAGUGGGCUACUAGGCGGGCACCCCAUGGUUAAGGGGGGGGAAAUGGGGGGAUUCAAUUUGGGGAGCACCAUUGUGCUCGUCUUUGAAGCGCCCAGGGGGGUGGGGGGCGACGGGGAUGGGGAGAAGGGGAAGGGGGGGUUUAGGUUUUUGGUAAAGAGGGGGCAGAGAGUUAAGGUGGGGGAGGCAUUGGGGGUUGUGGAGUAG